AUGGUAAAACAGAUGCCUCAAGGUAAUGAAGGAGGCUGGGAAAAGCCACGAAAACCUGCAGCAAAGAGAGCUUUGGAAUUCUCUGGUGAGGAACCUAGUGGUGGUUUCCAUUACCAAUUGGAGAGGGGUGAUAACAGUAGGCAGUCUCACAGGCGGUAUGACAAAAAUCAUGCAUCAGGUUGGAAGGAAAAAAAGAGUUUCCCUGGGACUUGGGCUGAGAACAGUGAAGUGGCUGGGAAAGAAGUGGCUAUGGAGGGCUUGAUGGAUUCUCAUUACUCUGUUCAAGGAACAGAAUUCACAAAGAAGGGUGCAGGGCCAGUGUGGCCUAAGCCACUGUAUCAACCAAAGGCAAUCUCUAAGGUAUCCCAGGCUUCUCACAAGGUUGACAAUGUUUCUAAGAUUCCAGAUUUAGGAGAGGAGAAGAAGGAUUCGGUGAUGGAAGAUGUACCAGAGGUUCAAGACAAGAGCCUUACAGUAGGGAUUAAUUUCUCGGAGAGUACGGAUGAUCUCCUUGAAGAUGGCGAGUACCAUGCUGAGGAGGACAUAGAGGUUCAAGUAAUGGCAGAGAAGACUACGGAAGAUGAAGGCAAUGAGACCCAUGAGGAGAACAUGAUUGCCUUACAAGAUGAUGGUAUCAAACAAAAAGUUGCUGAUAAGAAUAAGGUUAAGGAGGUGACAAAAGCUGGAAGAGCAAAUCGUAAUUUGAAGAAAGGGAUGGUGGAUCUCCCGAAACCACCGGCUCAUACGUGGAGAUCUUGA